AUGCCCAAGCAAACAGCAGUGACGAUUACUUUGGUGACCCUGCUGGGUGUUGCAGUGGGGGGCCUGGUUUUGUGGAAAGUAACCCAGCGUCGGAAAGGAAAAGCAUGCUGUAGUAGUCGGCAAGAGAAAGCAGUUAUAAACUCGGGCAAUAAGAAACUGGUGAAGGCAGAGGAUAAGGAGGUGCUUUCCUUCUUCAGAUCUCCCACUUAUUCCUGCGUAGAGAGGACCCUUGGUGCAGACAUAGUCAUAGUUUCAGAGCAGGAGGAGUGGGAUCGUGUUGAACCUUUGCUGAAAAAGGACCUGGAGAAGUGGCCAGUGCUUGGACUUGAUUGUGAGUGGGUAUCUGUGGAGGGCAGACCAAAUCCUGUAUCCCUUCUACAGAUAGCUUCUCCCAGCGGCCUCUGCAUUCUUGUUCGGUUGCCCAGGCUUGUUGCCAGUGGACAGACUAUCCCAAAGACCCUGUUGAACAUCAUGGCAGACAGUGCUGUGUUGAAAUUUGGGGUAGGAUGCUGGGAAGAUGCUUGCAAGUUACUUGAUGAUUAUGGUCUUCCAGUCAGAGGGACCGUGGAUGUCCGGUAUAUAGCCAUGAGACAGCGGAAGGAUCUACUUCAUGACAGCCUCAGCCUUAAGACUUUAGCUGAAAAAGUCCUUGACUGCCCACUUGACAAGUCUCCUCAUGUGCGUUGCAGCAACUGGGAGGCAGAAGAACUGACACAAGAUCAGGUUCUCUAUGCUGCUAAGGAUGCCCAGAUCUCAGUGGCUCUGUUCUUCCAUUUGCUGGGAUUUGCCAGCUUCCCUGCUACAUCUGAAUUAGAAAACUCUGUCGUUGCUUGGGAAAAAGCACUGGCUAAAUGCCGGGGCUUAGUGGAUGUCCCGUUUAGAGGAAGAAGGAGUGGCAGCACAGGAGAGAAGAGCAGGAAGGGAUGCUCCCCGAAGAAAACAAAGAAUCGGAAAUCUCUGGUGAAUGGCCAGUCCUCUGACAGUCAUCAAGCGAGAGUUCGAUGGAGGCAGAAGCGAAAGCCUUCUGCAAGAAAAUCUCCGCUGUAUGACAACUGCUUCCUGCAUGCGCCGGACGGACAGCCCCUGUGCACUUGUGAUCGCAAGAAGGCUCAGUGGUAUCUGGACAAAGGGAUUGGAGAGUUGGUUAGCACAGACCCUUUUGUUGUGAAGCUGGCGUUUGAGCCUUCAGGACGUCCCGAGUCUCAAGGUGAUUAUUAUCUGACAGUCAAAGAGAACCUGUGCGUUGUAUGUGGCAAGCAAGACUCCUAUAUUCGGAAGAACAUUGUUCCCCACCAAUACCGAAGACACUUCCCCAUCCAGAUGAAGGACCACAACUGCCAUGACGUGCUCCUACUCUGCACGUCCUGCCAUGCCAUCUCCAAUAACUACGACAACCAUCUCAAGCUGCAGCUGGCUGAGGAGUUCAGUGCUCCCAUCAACUCCGAGGAAGAUGUGCAUCUGCUGGAGGACCCUCUGCGCAGGCAAGUGCGCUCGGCGGCCCGAGCACUGCUGAACGCAGACAGCCUUCCUGACCCCCGAAGGGCAGAGCUUCUGCAGAUCAUCAAGGACUUCUUUAACUCAGAGGCAGUCACCCCGGAGAUGCUCCAGGAGGCAGCUGGUCUGGAAACCAGGAUCUGCAACGAGACCUACAUGCCACACGGACGGAAGGUGGUGCAGUGCUUUGCUAAAGGAGGCCUGCGCUCCCUCAUGCAGUUGGAGAGGCGCUGGCGGCAACAUUUCUUGGACAGCAUGCAGCCCCAGCACCUCCCGGAGCGGUGGUCAGUGGACCAUAACCACAUGAAGCUGAUCCAGAAGUACGGGGAGGAUCUUCAGCUCGAGCUGUCCUGA